GGGAACUCCCUGGGAGCGUCUCUAGGGAAGUCGGGGGCCCAAGUAGGAAGCUAGAAGGUGGACGCUGUGGGAAUUCCUUAUAUCUUGAGGAGAUCGUCGAGUCUGACUCCAGUCAUAAAGCUCUCCACGUCACGUGACCAGCCUCCGCCUCGCUCCAACAACAUCCUUAAUUUUAGUCGGGGGAAAAUAGAGUGGAAGAACGUGGCCCGCUCGGCCCUUCUACAGCCUGGAUUCGGCCCUUCAGGGAACCCUAGUAUUUGAGGGAACAACUUUUAAAUUCAAGGUCGGGCGGCGGCUGUUAAGGGUGCAUCGGGACUCCGGACUCCUCGGUUUCCUAACCGAGAAGUGGGAGCCCUGGAAACUGGGGGUCUUAGUCUCGGGGAAGGGCUUCUUUCCCCUUAGCGAUCACUUCCUCCGUGCGGGGUGGGAGGACCCUCCUCGGGGUUCUGCGCGGGCUGAGCGCUCUGGCAGCAAUGGGUCCUCAACUAGCCCUCCUGGUGGGGGUGCUAUCCGGCUACCUGCUUCCUGCCCGGGGCUGUAUCAUAUGUGAUCGGAGGGUCGUAGCAGCGCUGGACUCCUUGGAUAAGGAUUACCUGCCUACCCACGUGGCCCCCGAGCGUCAAAGAGAAGUGAUGAGAAUGAUAAAUGAAUCCGUGAGGAAUUUCACGAUCCUGUCAGAUGUAAAGGCCAAAUUUAUUGGGAUUGUCGAUGAAGCCACAAUGGAAUCCUCAGUCUUGAGUUUUGUGAGGAGGCUGAGACUUAUCACAAACCGUGGUGUAACAGGUGACGCUUUCCUGAAGGAGUUCAUUGAGAUGGUGACUCAGGAAAAGACAACCUUUCUGCAGAGCAUUGCUGAGUUGCAAAAGAGAGGUUUCUGUCCCAACAAAUGUGGUGUGAUGUUGCAGUAUCUGUUCUGGUGCCAUAUAUGCCGAAAGCGCCAUUACCUUUGUCAAAAGUCCAUUAAAUGCGGGGUGCGACAAAUCAGUGUCCAUGAAAAGGAAGACAUGAUCCUGGACUGUGAGCUCGACUGGCAUAAACUAUCUGAAGGCCUGACCAACUACAGCUUUUACAGGGUUUGGGGGAGAAAUUCUGAGACCUUGGUGUACAAGGGGAAAAGACCCACCCUGACGAAGCCCCUGGUGAUGCCAGAGGAUGCAGGUAACUACCGCUGCGAGUUGGGCACUGAGCAACAUGGCCCAGCCUCCAUCAUCCAUUUUGAAGUCACAGUGUUGCCUCAAAGAAUCAUUGCCGAGACAAUGUCCAAGACUUCAACCAUGGCCCAGACAAUGUCCGAGUCUUCAAGCAUUGCCCCGAAAAUGUCCAAGUCUUCAACCAUGGCCCAGACAAUGUCCAAGACUUCAACCAUAGCCCAGACAAUGUCUGAGUCUUCAAACAUUGCCCCGGAAAUGUCCAAGUCUUCAACCACGGCCCAGACAAUGUCCGAGUCUUCAAGCAUUGCCCCGGAAAUGUCCAAGUCUUCAACCAUGGCCCAGACAAUGUUUGAGUCAUCAACCAUUGUAACCUCGCCAUCAACCAUUGGAAGCCAGUCAUCAACCAAUGGGACCCAGACAGGAAACUGGCAUGACCUGUCCUCUACCCUCAAGCCAUCAGAGUCUCCCAAGUCUGAGCAUGUGCCUAGAGGCCGUGUGGUAGGGCUGCUGAUCUGGGGCUGUGUGGUACUGAUCAUCGGCUUGCUCACCAUAGCACUUUGCUAUCGUCCUGAGAAGGUGAUGGAUUCCAUGAAUUCCCGGUUCCCCACUUACAAGAGAGGUAUUCCAUAGGGCUAGGUCCCACACGGACAACCUUCACAGAUCCAGGUUCAGAAGGUUCCAAUGUAAAAAGCCACAUUACCACGGUGCAAAUAAAGAUUUACGUGUUUGUCUAUA